GCUCAUCACAACAACAACGACGAUUAGAUUAUGGAGAUAUUGAGCACGCACUCCCAAAAUUUAGCGGAGAUGACAUCUCAAUGUCCAUCACGGAUUUUAUUCGAGAUUUUGAGGAGGUUACUGAGGCGUCAGGGGCAGACGAUCGUUUCAGAUUGGUAGCACUCCGCCGUUGUUUGACCGGUACAGCUAAAGUUUUCUUAUCAUCUACAACAGCUCUAAAUUAUGGAGCACUUAAAAAAGCUCUAGAGAUGGAGUUUAGUGUACCAGUCACCAGAAAUGAAGUUUAUAAAAUGUUAGCACAACGGCGCUGGGACAAGAAAAAAGAAUCAUUGCACUGCUAUGUACUAGCUAUGCAGGCCAUAGCAAAGCGGGCAAAGGUGGAAGAACAAGAGGUAAUCGAGUUUGUAAUCGAUGGAAUAAGGAACAUUGUGCCCAAUGCACACUUGCUGCUACCUGCCAGGACCCUUGCCGAACUAAAAACAUUAAUUCAAAGGUAUGAGAGGAAAUAUUUGGUGAGCGACGUGUUGGCCACAACAAGACGCCGGCAAGCUACAAAGACGGUCGAGGACGCCAAACAAAAAUGUUACAACUGCUCGAGAGAUGGGCAUAUCAAGCCCAACUGCCCUUACCCAUUAAGACCAGACGGGUCCUGCUUUCGUUGUUGGCGAAUGGGCCAUGACCAUCGCUCAUGCCCGAAUCCAGCAAAAAUCCUCAAACCAAAAACGCAGGUUGCAUCAGUAAUGGAAGGCGGAGACGAUGAGUCUUACGAUGUAAAUACAUAUAACUUUUCCGGUUAGUUUUAUUGAUGGUCACGGGUCCCAAAACAACUGGUCGAGUACAAGAAUUUUCAAAAUACGAACACGCCCAAAUACAAAGGAAUUGGGGGCAAUCAAAUAAAUAUUAUUUCAAAAAUUAAAUGCCUUGUAAAAUUUAAUAACAGAAUUAAUAAAAUUGAAUUAAAUGUUAUAUCAGAUGAAGAUAUGGUAGUACCUGUUAUUAUGGGACGUGACUUUCUGCACAAAUUUCAUAUUAGACUUAAGUACGCUAAGAAAGGAUAUACAAAAUCCAAAUU